UCGAUAUAUCGAUUACUCUUAGUCGCACUGUCACACUUUCUACACAAUGUAAAAGAGAUGCAACGCUUGAAUUAUAACACAUUUAUCAUUUCUAUAUCUACAUAGAAGUCAUAGCCUGUUUUGUUGUAAUAAUAAUUAAGAUGGUAGAUGAGUCUACAAAGAAGACAUUAAGUAAUAUUCCACUAUUACAAACAAAAGCUGGACCUAGGGAUAAAGAAUUAUGGGUGCAGAGAUUGAAAGAAGAAUACCAAGCUUUAAUUAAAUAUGUGAGAAAUAAUAAAGAAUCUGACAAUGAUUGGUUUCGUCUGGAAUCAAAUAAAGAAGGUACAAAAUGGUUUGGUAAAUGUUGGUAUAUACAUAACUUUUCAAAAUAUGAAUUUGAAAUUGAGUUUGAUAUACCUGUUACAUACCCUAUAACAGCACCUGAAAUUGCUUUACCAGAAUUAGAUGGUAAAACUGCAAAAAUGUACAGAGGUGGAAAGAUUUGUCUUACAGAUCAUUUUAAACCCUUAUGGGCACGUAAUGUACCAAAAUUUGGAAUUGCACAUGCCAUGGCACUAGGAAUUUCUUAUAUUUUUAGCUUGGACCUUGGUUAGCAGUUGAAAUUCCUGAUCUUAUAGAAAAAGGUGCUAUAACUCAUAAAGAUAAAAUUGAUGAACAUAAAUCGUAACUUUAAAAGAAAAUAUUGUAUUAUAUAAAUGAAAAUAUGUUAAUUAUGAGAUAAAUUACUGAUUAACCUAUUUUAAUAAGUUAUAAAAAAAUUUCUACAAUAAAUACAUUGAAUUUUGUAUUUAA